AUGCAAGGGAUUUACCGGAUACUGCGACCUUAUCGCAAUCCUCCGAGGGCUGCGAUAUUUCAACAAUUCCACGGGAAUGGAAUCUUUAACCUGAACAAAAUAUCUUCAGGCUUUGGAUUUAUCACAUCCUAUCCACCCAUGCAGCAGAAAGGGUUGGAGAAUGUUACAGUGUCAGAGGUACUGAUGACAAAGGGGGAAGAAAAAGUGGGUUCCUGGCUGUGGUGUAGAGUUGAUGAUGCUGUUAUUAACGCAAUGAGGAACAUGGCUGAAUAUGAUAUUGGAUCAUUGGUGGUACUGAAGCCCGAGGGCCAAGACAUAGCAGGCAUUGUCACAGAAAGAGACUGCUUGAAGAAAAUAGUUGCACAAGGAAGAUCGCCUUUAUACACGCGAGUCGGUCAAAUAAUGACUAAUGAGAAUGACUUGGUAACCGUGACCUCUGACACAAACAUUCUAAGAGCAAUGAGACUAAUGUUAGAAAAUCGCAUUCGGCAUGUUCCAGUUAUAGAUGGGAAAAUAGUUGGCAUGAUUUCAAUAGUAGAUGUUGUGCGAGCAGUGACAGAGCAACAAGAUGGAGAAUUGAAGCGACUGGGUGAUUAUAUUAGAGGAGAAUACUACUAG